GACGAAGGGCUUUUGAUCUUCUAAAGCUGGCAAUACAAAAACAUGGAAACUGGAUCGCAACUUGACAGGUCGGUGAUUUAGCCUACUUGCCAAGCGAUUUUGAAAAUCCGCUCCCCAGAUUUUCCUCAUAGCCGCAGGGUCGGGUGGAACUGAGAACGGGAAGGUUUCGUUCCAACUGAAGUAAAGUCAGGUCAUUAAGUAAGACAGCCGCGCAGAAACAUCGCAGACUGCAUAAACAAACAGACAUCUGUUUUACCAUGGCUGCUGUGGACAGCUUUUCCUUCUUGCUCAGGGAGAUUGGGCAGGCCUGCAGCUGUGUUGUAGAGACAUUGGCUUUCAUUGGAGCCUACUACAUAAUGAAGACAUCCCUCACUGUUGCAAGCAACACAUACACCCUGGUCAGGUUGUAUUUCAUUCCUCGGCUGGUCAGCAGGCCUGAUUUAGUCAAAGUGUAUGGAAGGUGGGCUGCUGUAACAGGUUGUACCUCAGGUAUUGGGAAGUCCUAUGCUAAAGAGUUGGCAUGCCACGGGGUGAAUGUUGUUUUAAUUAGCCGGAACAAGGAGAUGUUGGAAGCUCUUGCCAAAGAUAUUGAGGAUUCCUACAAGGUCGAAACAGAAGUUGUUGUGGUAGAUUUCAGCAGGGGCCGCCAGGUGUACCCUGCCAUCAAGAAGGCCCUGGUAGGCAAAGAAACUGGCAUUUUGGUGAAUAACGUUGGCGUGUUCUAUGAUCACCCGGAUUAUUUUGCCAAUUUGACAGAGGAUAAAAUUUGGGAUCUCAUCAACAUCAACAUUGGAGCAGCUAAUAUGAUGGUGCACAUGGUGUUGCCAGGAAUGGUUCAGAGAAAGAAAGGCGCUAUCGUGAACGUUUCUUCUAUGGCAUCUUACCACCCCUCCCCACAAAUGGCGGCAUAUUCAGCCUCCAAGGCUUACCUGGACCAUUUCAGCCAAUCACUUUAUUAUGAGUAUGCUCCCCAUGGCAUUUUUGUUCAGAGCUUAACUCCAGCUUUCGUCUGCACCAACAUGUCAAAAUACAGCCCCACAUUAUCAAAAAAGAGCUUGUUUGUGCCUUCUGCAGAUGAAUACGCACACCAAGCUAUUGCUACCCUUGGACUAUCCAAAAGGACUCCAGGAUACUCCCUCCAUUCAAUACAGGGUUUUAUUGCACAGAUAAUUCCAGAAUGGCUCUGGGUUAGGGGAGUGAGCCGAUUGGGCUUAUUGUAAAAAAAUGCCAUCUUGGGAGGAAAAAACGGCAUUAAGAAUAUCAGCUGGAGAACAGAUAACAUCUAGCAGCCUAGUUGGACAGUUAUCACAAAAAUCCAGACUCAUUGGAUGGAUUUUCUUCAAUAAUAAUGAUAAUAAUAUGUACCUUUUUAAGGAGCCUUCAUCUUGCUUCUAUCUUGUUGCGGGGCCCAUCAAGAAUGUUAGGCAGGCAGUGAAAAAGAAACUUGUUAUUAGGAAGCUGGUAUUCUUUUGUAUGAUGUCUGUGAGGUCCUGAUUUCUACAUAGUACUGAGUGAUUCUUGCCAGAAUCCUUCUGAUUUGGAUGCUUGGGUACUGAACCCCCAUUAAGAGCUAGCAGCAAAGAGGUCAUGUGGUGCAUAAAGCUCUAGUCUGUGCAAGCCUGGUGCCCUCCAAGUGGUUUGGACUACAACAGCUGUGCUGACUAGGACUGAUGGGAGCUGCAGUCGAAAGCAUCUGGGGGGUACC